ACAUACUCACGGUCUGUCAACAGGAAUCAGCGAUGUUAUUGGUCAGUGAUGCUCUAAUCCGACUGCAGAUGGAUACGCUUACGCUCUGUAAAUGGGUGAACGAUGUCUUCAGUCAGUAUGGCUCGAGUUCAAUGAUGGAUUAACCAAUUCACGAUCUGUUGUUGCUGCGAACGGCGGGAAACGACUUGGAUCAGCAUGGCUCGAGGUCGAAGCAGGAUCGACACACUCACAUGCUGCGAACGGCGGGAAACGACUUGGAUCAGCAUGGCUCGAGGUCGAAGCAGGAUCGACACACUCACUUGCUGCGAACGGCGGGAAACGACUUGGAUCAGCAUGGCUCGAGGUCGAAGCAGGAUCGACACACUCACACGCUGCGAACGGCGGGAAACGACUUGGAUCAGCAUGGCUCGAGGUCGAAGCAGGAUCGACACACUCACAAGCUGCGAACGGCGGGAAACGACUUGGAUCGGCAUGGCUCGAGGUCGAAGCAGGAUCGACACACUCACAUCCUGCGAACGGCGGGAAACGACUUGGAUCAGCAUGGCUCGAGGUCGAAGCAGGAUCGACACACUCACAUGCUGCGAACGGCGGGAAACGACUUGGAUCAGCAUGGCUCGAGGUCGAAGCAGGAUCGACACACUCACAAACGUACUGUCUGUAAGUAAAUGCUCAAUGUAAAUGAUAGCAACCUUUGAACUUUCUGAUUGGCUUACCAAAAUAUGUGGAAACCAUCCGCCCAAUAUCGCUAUCAUCUUCUGGUGAUCCUUAGACGUUGUUGUCUCUGUAUAUCUUCGGAGUGUUCUGAACAA